UAUCAAAAACUUCCAUGUACAAGAGAGAGAGGAGGAGGAGAGAGAAAAACAGUCUCUAGAGGGAGAAGCUUGGCCGCUUUUUACUUCGUCUCCCCAGACAGAAAUCACGCAUCUCAAGCAGUCACAGAGAGUGAAUAAUGCAAAUAUAUAUACUCGGCAAAUCGGUCUCUCUUUAACGGCUACUUUUGGUGAGAGAAGUUGAAGAGAGAGAGAGUGUGUGUGUGUGGAGAGAAAGCAAAGAGGGUCUGGCAUUUGGGCGACGACGGUUGAGCUGCUGCUUCUGCUACUGUUGCUGUUGCUGCUCCAUAGAUGGAUUACAAUAAUGACAAUGGGCACUGGAAUUGGAGAAGGAAUAAUCAGCGUACCCAAAAGGACUCCAACCAUGACAUGUCUGAAUGCAUGUGGAAGGGAGUGCCACAGAACGAAGAAGAUAUUUCCUACAUGUUCGAUGAUGAAACAACACCAGUUAAGGCUUGUGGAGAUUUGGCAUAUCAUGUUAACUUCAAAGAUGAUAGGACCAAGGAACCAGAACCAGAAGAACAGUCCUCUCAAAUAAAGAGGCGCAGGAUGCUACAAUUUGACACUCAAGAUUUAGAUCCUUCCCUUUCAUGUGACGAGUUGUCAUCUUCAUUCUUGAAUACAAAUGAGAGGUUGGAUUCAAUUGAAGAGGCUUUUUCUGAAGCAUCGCAAUGGGUAUCAGGGUUUGCAGGAAAUUCAUCUGCAUCUUGCUUUGAAGGCCUUGAUCAGUCACCUGAUGAGUGGAUUGCUGAAUGCUUCAACAAUACCGAUAUGCAUUUCAGCCCUGAUGAGUUGAAUUUCUCUGGGGCAUCGGAUGUUCAGCUUGACGUUACAAGUAAAUUACAUUUGGUUCUUUUCAUUAUAUUUGUACUUUUGCCUUUGUUCCUUUAUAACCUUAUCCCUCAAUUAAUUCUAAGUAUACAAGUUCAAUUUUCUGGUGCAGAGUUAUGUGACCUCCGACCUGAGCAUGAAGUGAAUGUGGUUCAACAACGAAUUACCCGAACACCUCAAAAUGUUAUUUUUAAAGGUAGGAAGUCUUACAUUCGGACUCCCACUAAGUUGGCUACUUCUGUGGCAUAUCCAUUUGCCUUCAUUAAACCCUCUGGUGCACAUGGAGAUGUAACUCUGAAGGACAUAAACCAGCGGAUCCGCACUCCACCACCUUCAAAAUCAAAGCAAAAACAGGAAGACCCUGCUGCUUACCCUACUUCGGCCUUUUCAGGGAAGCCUGUCGUUGGAAAAACUAAAAUCCGCACCGAAGGAGGGAAAGGCAGCAUUACAAUUAUGAGAACCAAAGGCUAGGAGGCAGUGUAGAGAAGUGGUACUCCAAACUUCCCUUCUCGCUGCCCUUCUGUUUUCCCUAUCUUUUGGGAUGAAUUUUUCCUGUAAUAUUCUAGGGCAGUCAGGUACAGAAGUUAACUUCUUUUUUUUUUUUUCUUUUGGAGUUGUUCUCGGAAAUUAUAAAUCACGGCAGAGUGUUUAUGUUUCCAAGUGUCUCUAGCUGUCAAAAACUCAAAUAGUAGCGGUUCGAUACAUUGUAUGGCUGAGAAUCUCAAAAGUCUAGUAGGUACUAGUUUAUUUCGGUUUCUCAAAAACCUUGGUAAUCCUUUCGGGAACAUAAUAUGCAUAACAUUGUGUAUUUUGAUUUAUGUCUGAAUUUGAAAGGUGUAUUUAAGAUGAAAUGAAAGUGUAGACUUUAUCUGGUUUGCA